AAAAAAGGGUUUAAGUGGAGCGGAGUUGACUGAAAUUGACGCUUUGACCGUACUUGAAUUGAAGGUUGAAACUUGAAAGACAAGUUGGAGAAGCGAGUUGUUGAGAAAAAGAUACCUUGCCUCGGUUGUGAGUGUACGGAGUAGAGUGAGUGUUUGGUUGUUUUGUUUUGAUAUAUCGUUCCGUUCCACACUCACUCCCUGUAACACACGCACGCACGCGACCUUUCACUGAAACAUCGUUCAUUCUCCGUCCACAAAAUCAAAAUCCAAAUGAGUCGCAAUCCAGAGGUUCUUUGGGCACAGCGCUCUGACAAGGUUUAUCUGACCGUAGCUCUACCUGAUGCAAAGGAUAUUUCUGUCAAGUGUGAGCCCCAGGGAAAAUUUAGUUUCUCUGCUCGAGGGGUGCAAGGUGAAUCCUUUGACUUAAGUUUGGAACUUUAUGGAGCAAUAGUACCUGAGGGUUGUAAAACUAAAGUUGGGUUGAGGAACAUUCUGUGUUCAAUCCAGAAAAAGCAAAAGGGUUGGUGGAAAAGAUUGUUAAAGUCAGAAGAAAAACCUGCACCGUACAUUAAGGUUGAUUGGAACAAAUGGUGUGAUGAGGACGAGGAAGAGUCUUCUUCUGAUCUGGCCUCUGAAAAUGAUGAUGCUGCGUAUGUUGGACAAGAUGAUGAAAGCAGUGAUGACGAAGGAAUGCUCUAUCUCCCUGACUUGGAAAAGGCAAGAGGAAACUAGCAACUAUCAGUAGUGACAAGUAGCAUUCUGCAUCUCAUAAAUUCAACUUUUCCCUAGUGUACCUAUUUUUAAGAAGAGUAGAGUGGUUCCAUUUAAACUCCAGUUCCAUGAGAUGCAGAAUUAUGACCAUGUUGGCACUGUAUACACCUAAUCCAACUCAUGCUUAAGGAAAGUCUGACAUUUGAUUUCCAGAGUUACAUUUGAUUUCUUGGCUUGUUUGCUUGGAUGUCUGGCUGGUUUUAUCCAAUAGCUAAAUUGUAGGGUUCUUUGA